AUCCAUUUAUUUCCGAUUUAUUGGGAGGGCACCUCACCAUUUACUCGAUCAUCGCCGGUAGCAGCGAAGCCCCCGGAUCAUGUCAUCUACAGUGCUGGAGCAGCUGCGCGCAGAGCAGGAGGAGAUCGAGGCGUUGGAGCGCGCUAUUGUGGCCACGCUGGGCGAGAAACCGCGCAAUCAUCGCAGCCGCGUUUUGCACGGCCACAAGGUGAGCAACUUGCUGGACGAGGUAACGAAGCACAGCAAGCACGUCAAGGAGCUCUAUGAUGACGAAGAUGGUAUUUUCGCCGAGGAGACGGAGAGUAUGCGUGGACGAGCGGUGUUUACAUCGUUCUACGAGCAGCUCAAGUCCAUCCGUUCGUUCCAUCGCAAAUACCCGAACUCGGUCGUCUCCCACGAGCCUAAUUUGGAGGAAGCGCUGCAUCCGAACGUCCAGUUCUCCGGUGAAGAGCGCUUCGGUAAAUAUGUAGAUCUGAACGAGUUCUACACGCGCUUCCUGAACAUCCCGGAGCUGAAGUGGCAAGCCCGUAAAAUUCAGGAAGCACUGAGCUCCAACGUUAAGACUAGAGGACGGAAACAGCCUACGGGUUCCUCUAUCGACUACCUGGCGUAUCUGGCGUCGUUCUCGGAUUUCUCGGCCAUUCCAGCAGCACAGAAGACCCAGUCGACGCUGUACCACCAGUAUUUGAAGGAUUUGAAGGAGUAUUUAUUGGAUUUCUAUCGCCGUACACAGCCUCUUGUGGACCUCGACGACGUGAUCGAUGAAACCUCUGCCAAGUUCGAGAAGCAGUGGGAGCUACGUGAAGUUGCUGGAUGGGGCUUGAGCCAGGACGACACUACAGACGACAACAAGACUCCUGCGUAUUUCUGCAAGCUUUGCAACAAACAAUUCAGCUCGGAAGGUGUAUACAACAGCCAUUUGACUGGAAAGAAGCACAAGAAGGCUGCUGCGAAGGCAUCCAACGGUUCUGACAGUAAUGGCGCGGCUGCUAACAACGCUGAAGCUACCAAAGACACCAAGAAGGAGCUUGAGGAGAACCAAAAGGCCAUUGCGUUUGAUGAAGUGCUGAUUCGUCGAAUGUAUGAGCUUCUUACUGAAGUCGUACAGGGAACAAUUUCGUACUUGGAACUCAAGCAGACACGCACACACGAGGAGCUCCAGGCCGAAAUUGAAGAAGAAGAGGAAGGCACAUUCUCCGAUGUGGACGUGGAGAACGAGGACGAGGCUGAAGAUGAAGAAGAGCAGCUAUAUAACCCGCUGAACCUGCCUCUAGGUUGGGAUGGGAAGCCCAUUCCGUACUGGCUGUACAAGUUGCACGGUCUUGGAGUGGAGUACAAGUGCGAGAUCUGCGGCAACCACAGCUACUGGGGACGACGUGCAUUCGAUCGACACUUCCAGGAAUGGCGUCAUGCCUUUGGUAUGCGCUGUCUGAAGAUCCCCAACACGAAGCAUUUCCACGAUAUCACGCUCAUGAGAGACGCUAUCCAGCGUAAGUCCUGCUUUAUCGUUGAUAUUGUGUCUUUGACUGAGCUGACGGUGUUGUUUGUUUGA